GGCAAGCUCAAAACCUACUAACCAGGACGAAAAUUGAUUAACUCACUGUGCUUUGCAGCUCUGGACCGUGCGUCAUUCUAACCCUUGUUUCAGUUUCAGAGUUUCUCCAAAUUCUUCUGGUGAUCUUGAAUUUGAGGGGAAAAAAUCAGGAUUAUUGAGUAAAAUUUGGAAAGAAAUCCCUAUAACAAAAUUAUAAAAUCCGGGGAAAGAAGCCGUCGCCUGCCUUAUCGCCGCCACAUUCACGUCCCAUGGUUGGCCGCGGCUGGUCUGAUCUGCCGCUGGAUCUCUUCUCCCUCGUCUUCUCCAAACUCUCCCUUCCUCAAUUUCUCCGCUCAAUGGCCGUCUGUGUUUCGUGGUCGGCCGCCGUCUGCGAUCUUUCCACGCGCGGCAGAUGCUUUAAGUUUCGCGGGCAGAGCCCCUGGCUCGUGCUCUACCACAAUCCCAAGGUCGACCCAUCCGCCAUCACCUUCUACGCCUUGGACGAGCGAAGGGAGUACACCAUCCCCGUCCCGGACCCUCCCAUAAGCGACCGAAUCUUCCUCGGCUCUGCUCACGGUUGGAUCAUCACGAUCGACGUCCGCCUCCGGCUGCAACUGCUGAACCCGAUCACCGGCGCGCAGAUCGACCUCCCUCGCCUGAGCCGCGUCUUCCCCUCCGAGCACACCCACCCCAUCCGCGACACUGCAGGAUGCCUAAUCGGCUUCGAGAUGCCGAUACCAGUGUACGACGGGCAGGUACGGUGUGGAAACAAUUAUAUCGACUGUCUAGAACAGGUUCACCUCAAAGCCAUCCUAUCUGCUGAUCCGUCGCUCGGAGAUGGCUACACCGUGGCGCUCAUCCAGUAUCCUCCCGGAAGAAUCUAUUUUACCCGCUCCGGCGACGAGAUAUGGUUCGACUUAAAUAACCCCAUUUUAAUUGAAAAUAUGGUCUUCCAUCAAGGAAAACUGUAUAUGAGUGCCCUUUCAUUUCCGGCAGUGUAUGUUUGUGACUUAGCCCAAAUUCAACAUGGCGAGAUGCCCAGAUUUAGAGUGGUCGAUCAAGGUGCAAGUUCUAACGUGCUCUUACGCUACUUGUUUGAAACUCCUCAAGGGGAUCUUUUGAGUAUUUGGAGGGAGAAAGAUACAAAAACUGCUAAGACCAUAUCAUUCAAGGUGCGCAGGGUGGUGAUAGAUGAUGAGCAGAAGCCAAGUAAAAGACUAGAACAAACGAUGGACAUGGUAGAGCUUGUUAACUACUUAAAAGGCGACAUGAUGGAUAAGCAGAUUCUUCAAAGAGAAGAAACGAAGGAUGACUUGGGAGACUUGAUCGUCUUCUUAGGCGGCCGCAAACCACUUUGCUUGUCUGCUUGUGAUUUUCCACACUUAACGCCUAAUUCUAUAUAUUUUACAGAUGACAACAUAUUUCGAGAUCCAGAGUUUGAAGCCUACUAUCGGAGAAUGUUUGAAGAACGAAAUUUGCAGAGGUUUAAUGUCUACUUUUACCAUUGCUGCAUUCCGGCAUUGUUUUUGGAACGAAAAUGGUUCAGAAAAAUUCUGAAUUGUCCGAAUUCCUUUAGCAUCGACAAGACUUGGGUCCGAUUAUAUUGGCAGCCUCCCUCAAACUUCAUUAAUUAGUUAGUCUAUAAUCAGUUUUAUGUUAAAAACAUUUGUAUGUAUAUUAGAUGC